AAAAAUUGUUCGUUCCAAUUGCUCAAAACUAGAUCCUUUCUCUCGAUACAAAAGUAAAACCAAGAGCGCACUCGUGCGCAGUCGAUCGUUAGAUGUUAGUGGUGAUUACCAAAUUUAAAUUGUGAGUCUUACAAAAUGAUUAUCAAUCUCGCAGCGGUUCUUUUGUUUUGUUGGAGAGUGAAGGGGUUUCCCGAUGGAGCGCCGAUAGAUGCAUGCGUCAAGGACAGGGCUAACCAACCAAACCACGGUCAGCACAGGCCGCAGUCGUUGGGAAUUCUUCCUUACAGAAUCAUAGCCUCAUCUGCUACCUUUGAACCCGACUCCAGGAUAACUGUAACAAUCGAAGGGUCAACGCCCUUCAAGGGUUUCUUCAUUCAAGCUCGUUCGGCUGAGACGGACGCUUGGAUCGGCCAGUGGGAACAAACACCCAACACCACAGUACACCCAGAAUGUUCCUCGAUAACCCACGCCGACCCGAGAGACAAGGCCAGGGCUACCCUCGUGUGGAGAGCACCAGGAAAUUUGCACGGAAGAGUUUAUUUUACAGGGACAGUUUUGAAAAAUUAUGGAACUUUUUGGUCAAACCUCAUUGCAGAAACACCACAAGAUCCAGCAGACCUACAAGUCUUAGGCCGCUAACAUUAAAAAAACUGUAUAAUAGUUACUAUGUGUUACACUAUAUCUACAUUAGAGUGUUUUCCUGUUCAUUUUGCGUCUUCGUUUGAUGCCUGAGCUGCGGAACUUAGCACAUGCGCUACAACUAAUUCGAUAACUCGCAUGCCACUAGCGCACGCUGAUCCACCACCGAUUCACCAGCAACAUUUUCACGUUGCCUAGCAAAACUCUGUAAUAAAAAAGCGAUUCACUCGAUUGUAUGACACCUGCAACACUGAACUCUACUAACUACAUACCACUGGACUGGCGGCUGUCAAAGUGUUUUUGUGCCUGUUUGAUAUUCGCCAUUUUGCCGCUGUUGGCCAUGUAGCGCGAGUCUGCGAUACUAAAACUAGUGAUGACAACCUCAGCAAACAUCGAUAGAUGAUUGUAAAAAUAUUUACAAAAACAAAUUGUGUACUUUAUUACGUUGAUUCUUGAAGUAUAAAUAACACGGAAAACGAACGAAAUUAAUUCAAAAUGGAAAAAAUGCUUCAGAGUAUUGUACAUUCCUUCGCAGCAAAAUUAGUUCUCUGGUCGCUCACGAGUGGCGCUUCAAACAGGCACAAAAAAUUUGCUGUCAAACGGAACAGCCUGUCCAGUGGUAUUUAUACAGGUCAGUGAACCUGCUGUCAUUGAUAAGUAUAUUGACAGAUGACGGCUAUAAUCUUGUAAAAAACGGAGAUAGCUGAAACCCACUACGUAUUAAGCAACUGUUCGCUUUCAAACUUAGCCGGAUUAUAUAUACUUCAUCGCCAAUCGCCAUAUUGUAAUUAAUACUAUUUCAAAGUUAUGUCAAAUGACUACACGUUUCAUACUAAACUAAAUUUCAAUUUAUACUCAGGCAGUUCCGCCGCUUAUUACGUAGUAGUUACAUUCUUUUUGCAGUAAACGAAUUGCGAUAAAGUUAAAACCACAGAUAUAGCCAUAAUAAAAGGCAUAAAAGGCAUUUAUUUUCUCAAAAUUGAUUCCUUUAGAUUUUUUUUUGAUGUCAUUUCUUAUACUACUAGAUACUACUACCGCUUCAGAAACAAAAGGCGCUCUGAGAGAGAAGAAGCGGCGCAAGAAACUCUCCCAGCAUUCUUUUUUUUGCGCUCUUUUCAAUAAAAAUAUACAAUAUUGUAUUGUAUACAGUCAUUUCUAUCGCUAUAAAAUAAUCACAAUCUAGUCCGAUCCGAUGUCCGAUCAUUUAGAUAUUCAGCAGUGGAGUAAUAGGAUUUACGACAGAGCCAUUUUUUUAUAAAACAUUUAAAUUUAUUUAUCGAUAAUGCCUGAACCGUGGCUGGGACUUUAUUGUAGAAGUGUAUACAUUUACCCUUAAAGCUAUUAUGUAUCUUAUGAAGCCUACUAGAAUUAGUUACAAGCAAUCCCUUAUUUCUACUGUUAUAAUAAUGAAAAUCACUAUUAAGAGCAAAAAGGUGAUACGAUUUUUGUGAACAUAUAUCGAAUUUUCAUAAAUGUACUGACAAUGAACAGUCAUAAUAUUUAUUUCUUUAAAUUUUUCUUUGAGAGACUGUCUAUAACCAAGCUGAUAUAUAGCACGAACAGCUCUCUUUUGCAGUGCAAACACUAUAUCAAUGUCAGCAGCAUGACCCCAUAGUAAUAUACCGUACGUCAUGAUGCUGUGAAAAUAACUAAAGUAUACUAAUCUAGCGGUCGCAACAUUUGUGUACUCUCUAAUCUUUCUAACUGCAUAUGCCGCAGAGCUGAGUCUAUCUGCUAGAUGGGUAAUAUGUGGACCCCACUGAAGCUUUUUAUCUAACGUGAUAGCCAAGAAGACCGUAGUAUCCACAAGUUCCAAUCUCUGGUCAUUUAUAAAUACGUUGGUUUGUACCUCCGCUGUGUUUGGUGUAAUAACCACAGAUAUAGAUCCAAAUAUGCCGCGAGUGUAUGUACUUCGCGUGUCAAAAAGUGGACAAAACUCGGAGCAAUGCUCUUCCUUUGACGCUAUUAUUUUAUUUCUUUUUAUGAUUUAUAAUACAUUGCCGAUUUCAGUAAUAAGCAAUACCGACUAAUGAUGUACUGAAAACAUCAACUAAUAAUGCUGCUGCACUGGCAUUUUUAACGACGUCACAGUAAGUACAAAAAAAGGGCACACUUGUUUUUCAUACAGACGGAGGGACUUGCAUUAUCUACUUGGAUCUAUGUCUGUGGUUAAAACUGAUUCUGGAAAAUGUUGUAGAAAGAGGCUUUAGGCAUUCGAGUGAACUUAUAAAAAUGAUGUCAUACUUAAGCUCUAAAUCUUCCACAUUGUAUUGUUCCAAUUCUUCAAAUAGUCGUUCGUCUAGGUUCUCCUUUUUCCGUCCAUCUUGACUAUAUGAACUUGUACCACAGUAAACAAACGAGUAUGUACCAGUACGGAAACUACCUACAAACGUUCGAAAUGACACACUCACAGAAACAUACGCAACGACGAGGCCUCUAAGCGGUCUUGCAGUAGCGGAUGUCGCGUCAAGACGAUUGUCACGUUGUUAUUUUUUCCGAGAUCAUUUUAAAAAUGCCAGCGUAUUGGGUGCCAUACCGCUGUUUGAACUUAGCUCCAUCAAAACUGCGGUUUCCGUUUUUUAAACUAUAAAGUAGUAUAGUAUAUAAGAAUGAUUUAUUGUUAUAUAUUUUUAUUAUAAUUAACUAGUAAGUUUUCGAAUUAUAAGACCGUGGGGUCGAUUAUAAUUAUAAUUAUAGUCGAUGUAUUAAGACAAUAAAGUUGCAGACGUCUUACAGCUGAACGCUUGUUACGAAAUCAACUAAAAGUUGAAACGUAAAUUCAUCAGGACGCUCUCGUAUUUAUUGGACCACUUUUUUGCCCAGCAAUCUAAAUGUUGCGCUUACGAAAAGUUAAAUAGAAAAAAGAUAAAAAUAAAUUAGAAUGUAGUAUUCAAAUACUAAGGAGUUAAUUUGUUUGUCAAUACACUCUUAAUAUUGUAUGACAAAAUCUAGU